AACAGUACUUGGUGGUACGCAAAGUCAUUGCAAGGUUAAGUGUAUAUCAUACAAUGUAUAAAAGGGGUGAAUUCAGCAAUUUUGUUUUAUAUACAAGUCGACUCAGCGCGGGAGCACAUCUAACUGGACUACUGCUAACAUGUCCUUCUCAGCAAAAGUAAUUCUCGCCUCUUUGGCCGUUUGUGUGGUGGGCGCUUCAGCUGGCGAUUGUCCCAGCGUGAACGUCGAGCAGAACUUUGACUUGCAGAAGUUCAGUGGUCGUUGGUACCAGUACUCGACAUACAGCUCUAUGGAGCCUGGAAAGUGCGCCUAUCACGAAUAUACCGACAAUGGCAACGGCACCCUCGGAUUCAGCGCAUUUACCUAUUUGCCCAAGAAAAAUAAAGAUAUGACAAUCUAUGGCCUUAUCUACCCCGCCAGUGAAGCCACUGAUGGAAAGCUCUUGAUUACCUACUUCCACUAUGGAGAUGUGGCUAGGAACUACUACGUGUUGGGAACUGACUACAAAAACUAUGCCAUUGUUUGGUCUUGCAGGAAAGACGGUUCGGAUGCUCGUCAGUCCUCCUGGAUCAUGACCCGCAAGCGCGUGCCCUCUGCUUCCGUGGUGGAAUCUGCCAACGCUGUCGUCGACCAAAACAGAAUUGCAAAGCAAUAUGUUCUCACUGACCAGUCUAACUGCGACUAAUUAAUUUUUGUGAAAUACCUUUUGGUUUGUUUCGACACAAAAAAAAUUUGUUCAAUCUUGUGAAAGAUGGCCCUUAUUUAUUCGAAAUGCCUUUGUUACAAUUGGUUGUAAUCAAUAAAAUCUGAUCUUCAGUUUGAUAAACAAAAAAAUUGAAUUAAUAAAAAAAUCUAAAUUUCA